GUAAUUAAUCUCUACGUUUCUCUCUCUACAAUUACUCCUUGAGAGCGUCUCUCUCUAGAAUAUCGAGUAUUGCUGACUUGAACGUCGGAGUGUUUUCCUCGAGAAAACAUCCUCGAAAUUUUCAGGUGUAGAAGCAGCCGAGAACUUCAACAGUGUUGGAUUGCGAAGCUGCCCAAACAUUUGGCGCCGUCUGUGGGAACAAUCGAACGAGAAGUUGUGUAGCUUAACCUGCUAAAAGAGAAAAUGGUUCGUACUUUUACCGGAAAUCACCCUCCAAGAACCAAAUGGACGAACAAGAGGACGCUCAACUGUCUAAGCCCGGUUUGAAUGAUUUUAGGCCAAUGCCAAGGAACCUUUUCGUUGGAGGAGCAGAACAGGAUCAACUAAGUGAAACAGAUGAUGAUGAGAGAACACCAAUUGGGUAUGCAACCCAGCCUGAACAAUUCCAAGUUCCAACAGGAACAAGGCAAAGACAUCCCAGACCAGGCAAUUCACAACAAGAACGACCUGAAAGGUCAACUGAGCCUGCUUGGACAACUGAGCUCGAAGAGAGAACCAGACUUCUCAAAAUGGCAAUGGGUAAAAUCCUUGCCCGCCUGAUCCCUGAUGACCUCCUGAUUCCUUUGUUGAACAAGGAUGCACAGCCAGCUGCGCUGCGGGACAUACAAAAAUCUAUUGACGAGCUGAAAAGUCCCAGGUCGCACCAACAGACCCUUGAUUUGGAUAGUUCUCCUCUAACCCUAUCUAUCACAGCAGAGUCGUAUCAAGAGGGAUUCAAAAUUCCCCACCUGGAGACGUAUGAUGGCUCGGGUGAUCCAGAUGAGCAUCUGCACACCUAUCAAGCCAUCAUGAGAAUCCAAAAUGCCAAUGAUGCCAUGAUGUGCAAACUCGCCAAGCUAUUCUCCAACAAAUUUGCGAGCCAAAGGGAGAUUAAACGCACGGCGACCGAGCUGAUGCAAGUUCAUCAGAAAGAAGGGGAAUCUCUGAGGGACUAUAUGCAGCGAUUUAACAAAGCCACUUUUGACAUCGAUAACGUCCUCGAUACCAUCUGCUUGUCUGCCCUGCUACAUGGUUUGAAGCGUAGUCGGUUCCUGGACGACCUGCUAGAAAAUCCACCGAAGACAUGGAACGAAGUGAAUGACAGGUCGGCUAGCUUCACACUGUCCGAAGACUUCCAGUCGUCCAAGCGACGAGCUGAUGAUAAGCAGAGCAAAGGCCAGGAACAACCACCGAGGAGAGAAGAAAAGAAAAAGCAAAAGGGGCAGAGGUACCAGCUCGGAGGCGCACAGGAUGCGUAUCAGGAUAACCAGUAUCCUUCUGAGCAAGGCAGGGCAUAUAGGGGACGUCAAUUCAACAGGCGAGGCCAGGGACAGAGAACUACCACCCAGAACCAAAAAGACAGGAAAGGGGUGAUGACCGUCAACAAAAACAGACCUUUGAAGCGGCCAUUUGAGGAGGCAGAGUGGGAGAAUGCGCCUAUCACAUUCAGCCCGGCAAAUUACGAGCGAGCAGAGGGAGAGCCCGACGUUAUGAUGCCCCAUGCAGAUCCUUUCGUGGCAACAGUUCAUAUAGGCAAUCAUAACGUCAAUAAGGUGUUUAUUGAUACUGGUAGCUCGCCAGAUAUCCUAUAUUGGAGUUGUUUUCAAAAGAUGCAACUGAAUCCGAGCUCGUUGCAGAAGUAUGAAGGGCCCAUAUAUGGGUUUGAUCACCAGCCCGUUCCGGUUGAGGGAGUUAUUACUUUUCCCAUAUAUGUGGGCUCAGAACCGCACUUUAGGAUGGCUUCUGUUAACUUUCUGGUUGUCAAGAUGGAAUCAGCUUUUAACGCUAUAUUAGGAAGAGCUACUCUGUGCGAGCUGAAGGUUGUUGUCUCACAACCCCAUCUCUGUAUGAAGUUCCCAACUCCUCAAGGGGUAGGAGUGUUGAAGGGGAAUAAGAAGAUGGCCAGAGCCUGUUAUCAAGACACAUUUAAGAAGGUUGAGCUCGUUGUAGCCCCGAGAGGCUCUGGAAAGCCAGUAGAGCCAGUAGAAACAGUUCCUUUGAAUCCUGAUGUGCCGGAAAGAACAGUCAAGAUCGGCACGAAACUCACAGAAGAAGAACGAGCAGAGCUUUUGGAGUUUUUGAGGGUUAAUCAGGAUGUGUUUGCGUGGACUACGGAUGAAAUGCCUGGCAUCCCAACGGAGUUGACAGUCCACAAGCUCAGCACGGACCCCACCAGAAAGCCGGUGGUUCAGAAACGUCGCCUUUUUGGCCCUAAGAAGCAAGCUGCCAUAGAUGAAGAGAUACAAAAGCUGCUACAGGCAGGCUUCAUCAAGAGAGUGGAAUACUCUGAGUGGGUGUCCAACCCUGUGCUUGUUAAAAAACCAAAUGGCAAGUGGAGAAUGUGUAUUGAUUUCACCAAUUUAACUGAGGCAUGUCUAAAAGACCCUCAUCCCUUGCCAAAUGUUGAGAAGCUAGUAGAGAGGGCAGCCGGGCAUGAACGGAUGAGUUUCCUUGAUGCCAGCUCAGGGUAUUACCAGGUUCAAUUGCUGUUGGACGACCAGGAGAAAACAGCUUUCUACGCUGGUGACGCAAUCUAUUGCUAUGUGAUGAUACCGUUUGGCUUGAAAAAUGCUAGCGCUACAUAUCAGAAACUGGUGCAAAUCAUUUUUAAGUUCCAGAUCGGCAGAAACAUAGAAGUGUAUGUGGAUGACAUGUUAGUCACCAGCAUGCGAGCUAAGGAUCAUAUAGACGACCUGAGUGAGACCUUUCAAAACUUGCAUCGAGCCCAAAUGAAGCUGAAUCCCCUGAAAUGUACAUUUGCUAUAGAGUCAGGGAAAUUCCUGGGGUACGUGGUAUCCAAGAAAGGAAUUGAAGUAAAUCCAGAGAAGGUUCAGGCCGUUCAGCAAAUGGAGUCGCCCAGGACUAUAAAAGAUGUGCAGUGUUUAACGGGCCGUGUUGCUGCGCUGCAUAGGUUCAUAGCUAGGUCGAUAGAACGAUGCCUCCCGUUCUUCAAAGCCCUGCGAGAGCCCAAGAACUUUCAAUGGACCGAUGAGUGUCAACGAGCGUUUGACGAGCUCAAACAAUAUUUGGCAUCAGCACCCUUGCUGUCCAAGCCUGUGGAAGGGGAGAAUUUGUAUCUGUACCUGGGGGUUACAGAAGAGGUGAACUACCCACUAGCAGAAAAGGCUGCUUUUGCCCUAGUAUACACGGCUCGAAAAUUGAGAGCUUACUUUCAGUCACAUCAGAUUGUUGUUUAUACUGAUCUGCCGUUGAGAAAGAUACUGCAGAAGCCGAAACUCUCUGGUCGGCUUAUCGGGUGGAGCGUCGAGCUGAGCGAGUAUGACCUCAAAUUUCAGCCGUGCACAACCAUAAAGGGCCAGGUUGUGGCAGACUUCCUAGUGGAGUGCAUCUCAGCAACUGCGGAAGAAAAGGCACCCGAGCACCCAGUCUGGGUCUUGUAUGUAGAUGGAGCUACUAACGUUGAAGGAUCGGGUGCUGGGGCUGUGUUAGUGGGCCCGGAUGGCUUUAAAUCCGAACACGCACUGAGGUUUAAGUUUCAAACAACUAAUAAUGCUGCAGAAUAUGAAGCUCUCAUUUAUGGAUUGAAGUUGGCGUCCGAGCUAAAGGUACAGAGCAUUAAGGUUUUUAGCGACUCUCAGCUCGUUGUGGGCCAGGUGAAUGGCGGCUGUGAAAUUAGGGAUCCCCAGCUUGUUUGCUAUGCCUCUGCAGUCAACAGAUUGAAGUUAAGAUUUGCCUCCUUCCAGAUCGACAAGAUACCCAGAGCAGAUAACCAACGAGCUGACGAGCUGUCAAAAUUAGCCUCCUCGCAAGAUAUCAGCCCUCAUAGGUCAACAAUUGUAGAGGUACUUGACGCUCCGAGCUACACCGAUUUCACAGUCGAGUGUCAGCUCCUCAGCACAGAUCCCUCUUUACUGAGCUGGACUACCCCGCUCAUCGAUUAUCUCCACAGUGGCGAGCUGCCUAAAGAUCCGUCUGCUGCAAAGUUGAUUAAACGUAGGGCAGCUCAUUUCACUUUGUUAGAUAAUAAGCUCUACAAACGAGCAGCCUCAAUGCCCCUAUUACGCUGCCUCACUCCUUAUGAAGCUGAAUACGCUGUGAGGGAAGUUCAUGAAGGAGUAUGUGGCACACACAUAGGUGGUAGGACUUUAGCUCGGAAACUCCUAAGGCAUGGUUACUAUUGGCCUACUAUGGUUGAGGACACACAGAGCUAUGUCAAAAAGUGCCCGACUUGCCAAUUCAAUGCUGAUGAGAUUCACAUGCCAGGAGAAAUGCUCUCAUCACUCUCAUCUCCCUAUCCUUUUGCUCAAUGGGGAGUCGACCUGCUCGGCCGUUUUGUGAAAGGCAAAGGAGGUUGCACUUACCUCGUUGUCGCGGUGGAUUACUUCACCAAAUUGAUAGAAGCUAAACCACUGUCCACGACAACAGAGAAGAAAAUAGAAGAAUUCCUGUUUAAUUCAAUAUUAUGCAGGUUCGGCAUACCUAAACGGAUCAACGCUGACAAUGGUCCGCAGUUCCGAGCCACGGCACUGAGGUCGCUCUGCAACGAUUAUGGAAUUGAGCUCGCCUUGACAUCUGUGUAUACUCCACAAUCUAAUGGACAAGCUGAGUCCGCCAAUAAAAUCGUUUUGCGAGGCCUCAAGACACGUGUUCUGGCUGCGCAUUCUAAUUGGGUUGACGAGCUCAAUAAAGUGCUUUGGUCAUGUCGCACUACACCCUGCUCGGCCACAGGCGAGACUCCAUUCAACCUUGCCUAUGGAGCUGAGGCCGUCAUCCCUGUGGAGAUUGGAUUGCCAUCUGACAGAGCAGAUUAGCAUAACGACGAUCACAAUAAGCGACUUUUAAGGGAGAAUCUAGACCUUGUGGAAGAGAUCAGGGAGAUGUCUCGAAUAAGAAACAUGGCGCAUCAAAGUCGUGUUGCAAAAUUUUAUAAUAAAAGGGUUCAAGCUCA